AUGAUUGUGAACAUUCUAGCAUUCCGCUUUACGGAAGCGGAACGGAAAUGGUACAGUGGUUGCUGUAUCAGAAUAUUGCCACCAUCAUCAUUGCUUCACGAACAAAGAUUUGGGAAGUCCUCUACUCAUGCUACCACAAAUGUGAAUGUAUUCUUCCGGCCUGCGCAGUGGAUUUUUUGGUUGAGACAUCUCUGGCAUGAGAGACCCUACUGGAGACAUGAGCCACCGCUAGCAUUGCUUACAUUUUCACAAAGCUUUCUGGAUGUCGAUUUCAUAAUUACAAGAUUAUUAGCUGGAUCUCCCGGUAAUCUGUAA